GCGCGCAAGUAGUUUCUCAGGAACGCGCUCACAACAGUCAGUGGUAAAGUUAGAAAGACAAGAGAAUUUCCAUCCGGGAAUCGAGCGCGUAACGUAACCGUUUCCACGGCGACUGUGUUUUUUAAUUUUUUAUUUUAUAUCGCUUUAGCCAAUGGGAUGCCGUUUACUAAAAGACUGGGCCCUGCCUCUUGGCGUGGCUCGCAUGCCUAAAGUGACGUUGUGUGAUGGGCAGGUUUGAAACAGAUUGAGAGAGAGAGAGAGGAAGAAAGAAAGAAAGGAAGGGACGGUAGGGGAGCGAGCCAGCAUUAGCAGAGAAGGUUUGUUCUAGGGCACACGGUGCCGUUCUUGGGGGCUCGUGCACUGAAGACAGGAAUGAGGCUGUGCUGAUUUUAUGGGAAGAAGACCCCCCACCCCCCCACAAACAAAACAAAACAAAACAAAAACCGGGGGAAAAAGCAACACAGCAACAGAAAACGCCAAAUGCCUGGGCACUACUAAAGUCGGUGAUCAAGAGAAAUUCCGUACCGUUAACACAAGUGAAUGGCUGCUUGCUUUCCCAUCUGAGUGUUACACGUUUUCUUCAAGUUCUGGAUCACCAGGUAUCACAUCAUCAUCAUCAUCAUCUCGCAACAGAAAGUACGGUUUGAUUUUUUUGCUCUUGGCUGAUCAGUGACACACACACGCCGGAGGGAGGAACACAACAAAACGUGAUGUGAGUGUUCACUAAAUCAAGAAAAAAACAAAUACAUGAAAACCUUUUUUGUGUGUUUAAUUGGAAAAGAAGCUUACAUUUAAAAGGAGUCUUAACUUGUGCUGCCAAGCUUUAUUCAUAAUAUACAGGGAAAGGGUUCUGUGGAGAUCAUUGUAGAUCCAGCGGAGCAGCGAAAACACAUCUGUCAAUAUGGAAGAAUAGCCCUGACAGUCUUGAGAAAAUGGCUAUGAAUUUGUCCAUAUUAUGCAUCCCGCCAGCUGAUAGUCUGCAUCUUUGAGGGACUUUAUCUUGCUGGAAAUAUUUGUUUUACUUUUUACUAAGGAUUUCUUUCUCCAUUGUGGAAGGACCUUUUCCUCAUCACAAGUGUUGUACAUAGGCCAGGAAAAAUGGCAAAUAAUUCGUACAGUGGUGUGAAGAACUCUGUGGCAGAGGCCAACCAUGAUGGAGAGUUUGGAGUCACAGUUAAAGAUUUGCGAGAUCUUAUGGAACUACGGGGAACAGAGGGAUUGCGUAAAAUAGAGGACUGUUAUGGAGAUGUUUCAGGACUUUGUUCAAGGUUGAAAACACAACCUGUCGGAGGUUUAAGUGGGAAUCCUGCAGACAUUGCAAGAAGGCAAGCAGUGUUUGGACAGAACUUUAUACCUCCAAAAAAGCCAAAAACAUUUCUACAAUUAGUAUGGGAAGCAUUGCAAGAUGUAACAUUAAUUAUUUUAGAAGUUGCAGCCAUAGUUUCAUUAGGCCUUUCUUUUUAUCAACCUCCAGGCGGAGACACAGAAGUCUGUGGUACUGCUGCUGGUGGUGUGGAGGAUGAAGGGGAAUCGCAUGCAGGCUGGAUCGAAGGGGUCGCAAUUCUUCUGUCUGUAGUUUGUGUGGUGCUAGUAACGGCUUUUAAUGACUGGAGUAAAGAGAAACAGUUUCGUGGGCUACAAAACCGAAUCGAACAAGAGCAGAAGUUUACUGUUGUCCGAGGUGGCCAAGUCAUCCAGAUACCAGUGGCAGAAAUUGUUGUUGGGGAUAUUGCACAAGUGAAAUAUGGUGACCUUCUACCUGCUGAUGGUGUGCUAAUUCAAGGAAAUGACCUGAAAAUUGAUGAAAGCUCACUUACUGGGGAGUCUGAUCAUGUCAAGAAAACCUUAGACAAGGAUCCAUUGCUGCUUUCAGGUACCCAUGUAAUGGAGGGGUCUGGAAAAGUGCUAGUCACUGCUGUAGGUGUAAACUCACAAACUGGAAUUAUCUUUACUUUACUUGGGGCUAGUGAGGAUGAGGACAAAGACAAGGAAGAGAAACAAAACAAAAAGGACAAGAAAAACAAAAAGCAAGAUGGCUCUGUUGAAAAUCGUAACAAAGCUAACGCUCAGGAUGGAGCUGCCAUGGAAAUGCAGCCUCUCAAGAGUGAGGAAGGUCUAGAUGGGGAUGCACAGGAAAAAAGGAAAGCAAACACGUCGAAGAAAGAAAAAUCUGUUCUUCAAGGAAAGCUUACAAAACUGGCAGUCCAAAUUGGCAAAGCGGGGCUAGUGAUGUCUGCUAUUACAGUCAUCAUCCUUGUAUUGUACUUUGUCAUCAACACCUUCUGGGUCCAAAAUAUCAGUUGGAUCACCGAAUGCACGCCAAUUUACAUCCAAUAUUUCGUGAAGUUCUUCAUCAUUGGUGUCACUGUACUGGUUGUAGCCGUACCAGAGGGUCUUCCACUUGCAGUCACAAUUUCUCUGGCCUACUCUGUAAAGAAAAUGAUGAAAGACAAUAAUUUGGUUAGACAUCUUGAUGCCUGUGAAACCAUGGGCAAUGCUACAGCUAUCUGCUCUGAUAAAACUGGAACUCUGACCAUGAACAGGAUGACUGUAGUCCAAGUCUUUAUUGGGGAAAAGCAUUAUAGAAAGGUCCCUGAACCUGAAGCUGUUCCUGAAAAGUGUUUGGAUCUCCUUAUUACAGGGAUUGGGGUCAACUGCGCUUACACUACUAAAAUAUUGUCUCCUGAAAAGGAAGGUGGCCUGCCACGUCAUGUUGGAAACAAGACAGAAUGUUCCUUGCUGGGUUUUGCUUUGGACUUGAAAAGAGACUACCAGGCUGUUCGAAAUGAAAUCCCAGAGGAAAAACUCUACAAAGUCUACACUUUCAACUCUGUCCGAAAAUCCAUGAGCACUGUUCUAAAAAAUGCUGAUGGCAGUUACCGUAUGUUUAGUAAGGGAGCCUCCGAGAUCCUCCUGAAAAAGUGUUAUAGAAUUCUCAAUGCAGAUGGGGAAGCCAAACUUUUCAGACCCAGAGACCGUGAUGAUAUGGUAAAGAAAGUAAUUGAGCCUAUGGCCUCAGAAGGAUUGAGAACGAUCUGCUUGGCAUAUAGGGACUUCCCUGCUGGAGAUUCGGAGCCUGAAUGGGACAAUGAGACUGAUAUUUUAACCAGCCUCACCUGUAUUUGUGUUGUGGGGAUUGAGGACCCUGUCAGGCCUGAAGUUCCAGAUGCAAUCAAGAAGUGCCAGCGUGCUGGUAUCACAGUUCGCAUGGUUACAGGGGACAACAUAAACACAGCCCGUGCUAUUGCCAUAAAGUGUGGAAUUCUACUACCAGGAGAUGAUUUCUUGUGCAUAGAGGGUAAAGAGUUUAACAGGCGGAUCCGCAAUGAAAAAGGAGAGAUUGAGCAGGAGCGCAUAGAUAAGAUCUGGCCUAAGCUUCGAGUACUUGCAAGAUCCUCCCCUACUGAUAAGCACACACUAGUAAAAGGUAUUAUUGACAGCACAAUAGUAGAACAAAGGCAGGUUGUUGCGGUAACUGGAGACGGUACCAAUGAUGGACCUGCCCUAAAGAAAGCAGAUGUUGGGUUUGCUAUGGGAAUUGCUGGCACUGAUGUAGCUAAAGAAGCCUCUGAUAUCAUCCUUACGGAUGAUAACUUCUCCAGCAUUGUUAAGGCAGUGAUGUGGGGCAGGAAUGUGUAUGACAGCAUCUCCAAGUUCCUUCAGUUCCAGCUUACUGUCAAUAUUGUAGCUGUAAUUGUCGCUUUCACGGGGGCCUGCAUUACUCAGGACUCUCCGUUGAAAGCAGUGCAGAUGUUGUGGGUAAAUCUUAUUAUGGACACAUUUGCCUCUCUGGCAUUGGCCACUGAACCACCCACUGAGUCCCUGCUCCUGAGAAAACCCUACGGCAGAAACAAACCCCUGAUCUCUCGCACCAUGAUGAAAAACAUUCUGGGGCACGGCGUUUAUCAGUUGACUGUUAUUUUUACUCUCUUAUUUGCCGGUGAGAAGAUUUUUGACAUUGACAGUGGGAGGAAUGCACCACUCCAUGCCCCUCCAUCAGAGCACUACACUAUAGUCUUUAACACGUUUGUCAUGAUGCAGCUAUUCAAUGAAAUUAAUGCCCGCAAGAUUCAUGGAGAAAGGAAUGUCUUUGAGGGCAUCUUCAACAACCUAAUCUUCUGCAGCAUUGUGUUUGGAACAUUUGUUAUACAAAUUAUUAUUGUCCAGUUUGGUGGAAAACCCUUUAGCUGUAUAGGGCUUGGUAUUGAGCACUGGUUGUGGUGUGUGUUCCUGGGAAUUGGAGCACUUCUUUGGGGCCAGCUGAUUUCCUCCAUUCCAACGAGCCGGUUGAAGUUCCUGAAGGAAGCAGGCCAUGGCACUCAGAAGGAUGAUUAUCCAGACGAGGAGCUGGAGGAGGACAUGGAGGAGAUUGACCAUGGAGAGAGAGAGCUGCGGCGUGGACAGAUUCUCUGGUUCCGAGGGCUCAACAGAAUUCAGACCCAGAUGGAUGUAGUGAGUGCUUUCCAGAGUGGAAGCUCCUUUCAGGGGACUCUAAGGCGGCAACCCUCCAUCACCAGCCAGCAUCAUGAUAUCCGAGUAGUGAAUGCAUUCCGCAGUUCCCUGUAUGAAGGUUUGGAGAAGCCAGAAUCCCGAAACUCCAUCCAUAAUUUCAUGAACCAGCCUGAGUUCCGAAUAGAAGAUUCCGAGCCCCACAUCCCUCUCAUUGACGACACAGAUGCAGAAGAUGACGCUCCCACCAAGCGCAACUCCUCCUCCCCGCACAAUUCCUCUCCACCACCCUCGCCCAACAAAAACAACAACGCCGUUGACAGCGGUAUCCACCUCGCCCUUGACACAAGCAAGUCGGCUACCUCUUCAUCCCCAGGAAGCCCCCUUCACAGCCUGGAGACUUCCCUCUGAUUGGAGCACACACCUACUCGCACACACCAACCACAUUUUUAUAUGCAUAAUAGAUCUAGAGUGUGUUUUUAGAAGAAGAAAAUGUGGGAUGUGGGGUGUGAGGGGGGGUGGGGUUGGGGAGUAGUGUCCUUUUACACUGUAUGAUUAACAAGAUGCACAGCUCACCAGACUGGAACAGAAGCAGACAUUCAUGAGAAUGUAGAGUUCUUUCAAUUUAGUUUAAUUUAUAUAUACACACAUACAUAUAUAUAUAU